AUGGAGGAUAAACAGGGGGAUGGAAGCAGCAAGCAUUUAACAGACGUUGAAGUUAAUAAUUAUGAAGUUCACACUAUUUCAAGGCAUGGAAGUUCAGUCUCUUCUUCCUCAUCAGAUUCCUCUCAGGACCUUAUUAAUGUUGUUGAAAAUGAUGGUAAUGACAAACCCUUUGAGAAAUCUGAACAACCUGGACCUGAGUCACCCGCACCUUUUCGUGUUUCAUUUGUUAGUUCAACUGAGCAGUCCCCUCAAAAUCAAGCGCCUGCAAGGCCAGUUCCUGGAGGCUAUGAACCAAAUCGGAUACCAUCAUCCAUUUUUAGUAAUAGGCCUGCAACACCAAUGGAUUGGAGCAUUGCUUCAAAUGAAUCACUGUUUAGCAUUCAUGUUGGAAAUAACAGCUUCUCAAAGGAUCAAUUUUUUAUGUUAUAUAAGUCGGGAGAAUUGACCAAGUUUGAUGAGCAGAUCAUUGCUCAAGGUGGCCUGCCUCCUGUGAAUAAAUUAGAGAACAUGACUACAAUGAAUGAAAACAUAGAGAAAGAUUCAGCAGCAACAGAAAUGCCAGAGAAUACAACAAUGGUGGUGGAUGCCAGUGAAGUUGCAGAAGAUCAUAGCCACCAAAAGAUCUCUCCUGCUGAGGAGAUCCAUAAACCAAUUAUCAAUACCACAAUAGAGGAUCUUGGUGCAGUUGCUGAAAAUCAUAGCCAGGAAAAUAAAUUUCCAGCAGAAGUCCAUAAUUCACCUACCAAUAGUAUCUCUGCCCGUUCUGAUGGGAGCAAUAAUAGCACUCUUUCCUUUGCCUUCCCUGUGUUGGGAAGUGAUGUUGGAAGAAGUAGCUCUGUGAAUGGGGAACAAAAUAACAAGGGAUUACAGACACAGUCAGUAAAGCAGCCGCAGAGGCCAUCAACAGAGGAAGUGCAACCACAAACUCCUCUCACACCCCAAAAUACUGCCGGUCGCAGUUGGUUUUCUUGGUUCUAUUGUUGCCGCUCGUCUUGAAUUUCAAUAAGGUUUGUGUAACAAUCGUUACAUUGCUCCCCUUCAUUACAAGAGUCUGCCUACCCCCUCUUACAGAAGUGGACAUUCUCUACUUACAAGCAUGCUAAUUCUUCCCUCAUGGCGAAAACUCAUUGAGUCUAGUUAACAAUGUUGGUCCAAUUUGUACAGUUUGUUUUGUAUUCU